AUGCCGAGAUACAUCUCCCCAUCUCCUUCCGCGCGGUCACGCCAUUCAUAUUCGCGCUCUCCCUCGCACGAUCGCUCCCGCUCCCGCUCCCGCUCUACUUCCUCAUACACUUCCUCUCGUCACAGCCGCGACGGCCAUGACAGCAGGGCUGGUGGGAUUGAGGGCAGUAGUGGCAAGAAAGAAUCGGCAGUCAAGACCUCGCUCCUGUUUCUCGGGGGUGUCGCCGCCGCCACCUAUGCCGCUCACAAGUUUUGGCCAAAGGGCAUCACCUAUGGCGACAAGGAGGAGUGGGAGAUCGAAGAGAAGAUUGAGCGCAAACGGAAACCCCGGCGCCACAUUCAGGAGCGCCCAGGCGGGCCGUCGAGCAGCAGGGCCCUCCCGCCGCCUGCCCGUGACGGCCGGGAGAUGAUGCGGCGGAGCUGGUACGGAGGCGAUGGUGACAGGAGAGGCGCCCCCGUGGAUGAAAGAUACUAUCGCACUGGUCCCAUGGAUGACCACAGGGGGAGACGUCGGUAUGCAGACCUCGACAGGGAUGACCGAAGCAGCGCGGGCGCUAGCGAAGUGAGCCGGGAUUGGGGUCGAGGUAGAGAUCAUUUUGCUGCUGGGUCGGCCCUGGGACGGCAGGACUCGGCGCCUAGGGGUGCCAAGUACUUCCCGAAAGAUCAGCCGCUACCCGGCGCGCUGGGCCCGAGGCCGAGACGGGCAAGCUUCGACGAGGAUCCGUUUGAUAGAAGGCAGCGAUACGACCCAAAUACAGACCGUGGAUGGUGA